CGACAGAUGUCGAGAGAACUGUGAGGGGGCUCCACUCCACUCCUCUCCUCGGUUGCAACAGCCUCCUCCUCCUCCUCCACCACCACCACCACCUCCUCCUCCUCCUCCUCUUUCCAGACUGCACCUCUGAGAGCAGGGGUGGAAUCUGCAGCUGUCACUCCAUUAUCACACAUCCAGCCCCGGAGCCUGGAGGAGAACAAGAAGAGAACGAAGAAGUAGUGUGACUGAUAGCACAGGAAUACAGGAGACAUCAUGGGAGGAAAACUGAGCAGGAGGAGGAAGGGAUAUGACGUGACUGACCCAAAGGAAACGAAGGAUGAGGUCACAGCAGUAGCUGCUUCUGUAGAGGAAUCUGCUCAAGAGAAGGACGGAGUCCCACCUGCUGGGGCUGAGGCAGAGUUGACGGCUGAGGCAGACAAUGUGGUGAAGGAAACCGCAGCGUCAGCUGUGGCAGCAGUAACUGAGGCUGUAAAAGCUCCAGAAGAGCCUAAAUCUGCGCCUCCAGAAGAAACAGCUGCCGUAGCUCCAGAGGAGGCUGCUCCAGUACAGGCACUAAUUGCAGCAGCUGAGGAAGCAGCUCCACUCUCAACAAAAGAACCUGCAGCAACAUCUGAGGAAGCAGCUGCAGAUGAACCUCCUCCAGCAGCAGUAGAGAAAACAGCUCCAGUAUCAGAAGAACCUGCUGCUGCUCCAGUAUCAGAGGAGCCUGCUGUACCAGCAAAGGAGGAAGCUUCAGUAUCAGAAGAACCUGCUGUAGCUCCAGUAUCAGAAGAACCUGCUGUAGCUCCAGUAACAGAAGAACCAGUAGAACCAGAACCUGCUGCUGCUCCAGUAUCAGAGGAGCCUGCUGCACCAGCAAAGGAGGAAGCUUCAGUAUCAGAAGAACCUGUUGCUGCUCCAGUAUCAGAAGAACCUGCUGCACCAGCAAAGGAGGCACCUCCAGUAUCAGAAGAACCUGCUGUAGCUCCAGUAUCAGAAGAACCUGCUGUAGCUCCAGUAACAGAAGAACUAGUAACGGCAGCAGCCAAGGAAGCACCUACAGUUGCAGAUGAACCUCCUGCAGCAGCAGUAGAGGAAUCAGCUCCAGUAUCAGAAGAACCUGCUGCACAAGAAAUAGAGGCAACUCCAGUUGCAGAAGAAUUAGUUUUGGAGAAAGAGGAAUCUGCACAAGUAGCAGCAGAACCAGUAACAUCAGAAGAUGCAGGCCCAGUAGUACAAGAAGAUGUUGUAAUAACAGAGGAAUGUGUUCCAGCAGAGCAACCAGUUGUGGCAACAGAGGCGUCGGCCUCAGUGGUAGAAGACCAAGCACCAGUACAGAGAUUUCCAGAGGCCCCUGUGGUAGAAGACCAAGCACCAGCACAGAGUCUCCCAGAGGCCACAGCUGAAGCAGAGGAACUCUCAGAAGAACCUGUGCAACAUGAAGCAGAAUCUGAGCUUGUAGUUGCAUCUGAGGAGCACCCUAUUGCAGCAGCUUCUCCAGAGACAGACGAUGUUCCUGCCAGCACAGAGGAGGCACCUGAGGAGCCAGAGCCCAUCUCUGUUAUUGAGCCUGAAGUAACUGUGGAAGAGACAGUGGUACCUGCUGUUGUCUGUGAACAUGAGCCAGUGGUUGAACCAACUGUAGAGCCAGUACAGGAACAAGCCCCAGAACCAGAGCAAACCCUUGAGCCAGAGCCAGAACAAAAACCAGUAGCAGAGCAGAUACAGCAGGUACCAGAGCCAGAGUUGGUGGAACCAUCUGAGCCAGAGCCCAAACAAGAGCAAGCCCCUCAACUAGAGGAAGUACCAGAGCCAAAACUAGAGCAAGAACCAGAGAAAGUACUAGAGCCAGAGCCUGAGCAAGAGGUUCCUGCAGAGAAACAAGUAGAAGAAGUUGAGCCGGAGCCAGUCAUAGCCGCAGCUGACACUGCUAAACAUGAGGCUGUGGAGGAAGAAGCCCCUAAGGCCUUGGAGACUGCAGUGGGGGAGGUCCCCACUGUUGAGCCAGAAGCAGCAGAAUCUGUCCCUGAGAUUAUCAUCUCAGAGUCUGUAUCCACCAACAGCUUUACUGCUGAAGCUGAAGCUUCUGCCGAAGAGGUGCCUUGUCCAGAGCCCGCGGUUGAAAACAAGAUGGAAAAUGGAGAUUUAGAGAGUCCCUCUGCUGAAGUGGAUGUGGCAGAAGACGAUGCACACCCAGCUGUGAAUGGAGAGUGCACAGCUUCUGCUGUUACACAGACACCGGAAUGUGUGAAUGGUAGUGACAAGCUGGAGGAGAUGCCCAUUAAGGAGCAGAGUGACUUUGAACUGAAAAAGGACGUGAACGUGGGUGGGGGCGUCCAAGAAGUUCCCGAUGCAGUCUCCGACAUGGUGGAAGGCCUCGGCAAUGAGGUCACUCAGGCAGUCUGAAAAGACGCCACCUUUCAAAUUAAUGUGAAUACAGUUUAAUCCUCUGAAGGUGUGAAAAAGCCAUGAAGGCUAGGCUAGGCUUUUUUGAAAUGCUGUAACCACUGCAAGUUCAAUCGUGGUAACUCGGGGCAAAGGGAUGUUUCCUUUGAGUAACCAAAAAUGAAAUGCAACCACUUUAGGAUAGAAAGAGAGAGCGAAAGAUGAGAGAGAGGGAGCGAUAGCAGAGGAGACUGAGGUGGAGAGAGUUUGGAAUUUGAAGUGUGAGUGCAGAGUAGACUGCGAAACAGCGGAGAGCAACGAUACAGGACAGUAAAUAUGUGAUACUAAUGAAUGAAAUGCGUAAAUCUGUCAGCGUGUGAGCUCAGCGAAUAUUACAAAGUGGUUUAUUGGAACAGCAUCCAUUAUGUUAUGUGAUUUUGACUUUCAUAUAUCCUUUCUAUUACCACAUGGAGAGAAAAGACAUGAACUGUUUUUGGCCUUUUAUAAUAAUGCUAACGUGUGAGGACUGUUCAUUUCAAACUGUUCAGAAUAGAGAAUAAACAGAGUUUGUUAUUCGCUCCA